GUAUCACCAUGGCGCCCACGACGUUCGAGCAGAAGCUGGCGCACCUGAAGCGCGAGGCGGAGCACUACGCCGACUACCUGAGCGACGAGGAGGUCGAGGAUGAGGUGACGACCAAGGCUCAUGAAGAGGAAGACUUCUGCAACGACUACAGCAUGGCUGUUGUGGUUGGCGGCCUUCCCGUUGUGGACGAGGCCAAGCACGGCAAGCUGUUGAACGUCGUCAAGAAGAUCUUCGGCCAGGUGGGCACCGUGGUGGACAUCCACAUGCCGUUCGGCGCCAACGGUAAGACCACGGGCUUCGCGUUCGUCGAGUACGAGCAGGAGGCGCACGCCAACGACGCUGUGCGUACCAUUAACAACUUUGCUCUGGACAAGCGCCACACGAUGCUGGUGAACAAGUACGAGGACAUUGAGCGCUACCAGAAGACGCCCACGGAGUUCGUUCCCCCCAAGGUGGAGAAGUUCGUUGAGCCUAAGAACCUCAAGACGUGGCUCAUGGACCCUGCGCGUCGUGACAUGUUCGUGCUGCGUCACGGCUCGGAGACGGAGAUCUUCUGGAGCGACAAGGGCGAGCUGGAGCUCGACUACGCCGGUGACCGUGAGAAGAAGAACGGCAAGCAAUGGUGCUCGCAGUACGUUCUGUGGUCUCCUCAGGGCACGUACCUGGCCACGUUCCACCCGCAGGGUAUCGCUCUCUGGGGCGGUGACAAGUACGAGAAGGUGGGUCGCUUCGCCCACAAGAACGUCAAGUUGGCCGUGUUCUCGCCCAACGAGAACUACCUCAUCACACUGAGCGAGACGGAGCAGGAGUCGGCUAUCAUCAUCUGGGACGUCAAGACCAGCAAGAUGCUGCGCGCCUUCCCUGCCGGCAAGCCCACGGGCGCCAAGGGCGAAGUGGUGCAGGGUCUCAUGACUCCGUUCAAGUGGAGUGCGGACGACAAGUACGUGGCUCGUCGUGGCAAGGACGUCAUCAGUAUCUACGAGUUGCCGUCCAUGAAGCUGCUGGAGAAGAAGUCGCUGCGUGCUGAGGGCGUCCACGACUUCUUCUGGUCACCUACCGACCCGAUCUUGGCUUACUGGGCCCCCGAGGGCAACAAUGUGCCUGCUCGUGUGUCGCUAGUGGAGCUGCCGUCGCGCCGCGAAGUGCGUCAGAAGAACCUGUUCAAUGUGAGCGACUGCAAGCUGCACUGGCACCCGAACGGCACGUUCCUGUGCGUGAAGGUGACGCGCCACUCCAAGUCGAAGAAGACCAUGUACACCAACUUCGAGCUCUUCCGAGUGCAGGAGCAACUGGUGCCUGUGGAGAUGCUGGAGGUCAAGGAGAACAUCGUGGCGUUCGCGUGGGAGCCCAAGGGCACACGCUUCGCCACUGUCCACGGCGAGGGCCAGCAGCGUCUGAACGUGUCGUUCUAUGAUAUGGACGGCGGUAACAAGGCCGCGAAGGAGGUGACACUGCUGUACACACUCAAGGACAAGGCCUGCAGCCACUUGUACUGGUCGCCACUGGGCAACAACAUCGUGCUGGCUGGUCUGGGCGAGAUCAACGGCCAGUUGGAGUUCUGGGACGCCACGGAGCAGCAGAGUAUCACCGUGCAGGAGCACUUUAAGUGCACUCACGUCGAGUGGGACCCGUCUGGACGUGUGGUGGCCACGGCUGUGUGCCAGCCGCUGGACAACUCGUACUACAAGUUCACGAUGGACAAUGGCUACACUUUGUGGACGUUCCAGGGCAAGCAGCUUCUCGAGGAGAAGAAGGACGCGUUCUACCAGUUCCUGUGGCGUCCGCGUCCGCGCACGCUGCUGUCGGACAAGGAGUACAACAACGUGGUCAAGAACCUCAAGAAGUUCGAGAAGCGCUUCGACCAGAUGGAUCGGCUUAAGGAGCGCGAGCGUCUGGCCGCUGAGAAGGCGGAGCGCAACCGCAAGGAGCAGGAGUUCCAGGAGCUGCUGCAGAAGCGUCUGGCGACGGCUGCCGCGCGCCGUGCCGAGUACAUCGCGCUGCUGGACGGCUACGACAGUGAGGACGAGAGCGAGUACAUUGUGCAGAGCCACACGUACGACGACGUGCUGGAGGUCAAGGAGGAAGUCAUGCGCAAGUAGAAGCGACUGUAGCCACCUCCUUACGAGAUGGAUAUUUAACGGAGCAGAGAAUACAGCGACACAUGCCUCGUUGUUGGUGGAUGUUGGUGCGGAUACUUCUGCUUGGUUUGAAAAGGUUUUCAACAA